AUGGCGAGAGCACCGGUACCAGUAUCCAGGUGCGAAGGGGCAAAGGCAUUACAUUACGUUGGACACCGUAUCCCAGCUUGCAAGCACUACUUCCUAAACAUAAUCCCCCCUUGUCCCCCCGCCUCCCCCCCUGCUUUCCGCACAGAUACAUACUGCACCUACCUGUACGAGUACUGGUACGAGUACUGGUGGUGGUGCAAAUGCCGGGACCUCAACAGGUCAACACUCGUGAGUCGUGAUUACUUGCAGGGGAUCCCUCACCAGUGUGAUACGGUACUCGAGCACCGGCGCGGGCGAAAGCAGUUUUCCGGGCUCAAUGUUACUCGUACCGCGAGGAUACACAAGCCCGAUGCUGUCCUCUUGUCACGAUGCAAACUUCAUGGGCGCAACUUAUCGUCAUGCUCAUCCAUAGCGGUCUUAUAAUUUCCCUUACGGCUGUUUGCGUUUAAAGAAAUACACCACACCAGCAACGGUCGCCGUACUUUAUUGGCACCCGGACGAGUUCCCGUUCCGAUAGAUAAAUUGGUUCGGGUCAGGGUGGCGAUUCUCUAGGCUCAGGAGUUGGCGGUGUUGCCCACAGGUUUCCAACAAGCAGAGUUCUGGGUGGCCGUACGAGUACCGUAACGUACCGUACUUUACGAGUUGCGAGCAAAUGAUGAUCCAUGUGGCCAAUCAACUUGGGGCCGGAUUUGAGCACUUUGGAUCCCUCGGAAGGGUGCGCGUGCGCCGAAAACUCGCCCACUAGGGAACCUUCCGAUGAACGAGCAGGGGUACAGUACGGUUGUUUCUUAUGCUGACAACGCAAAUUUAUAGAUAAUAAUUCCCUAAAAUAGUAGGUGGUAGAAAGUGGUGAAAUUUCUGUAUUGUCCAACCUUGGAAAAUCCUUACCAGGGUGGCAAGUCAAAAGAAAAUUAGAAAUACUGUAGUUGACAUGAAAAAUUAAAAUGAAUUCAGCUAUGCAGAUUACCGUAUACCGUAUUCAAUAGGUUUAUGGAGUGGGGGGGGCUCAAAAUCAAGGAGGUAUGAUAGCCCAUGGUUUUGUUGCCCCUCUCCCAUGGACCGUAUAUACAAGGACUUAUUAGACAGGACUGCACAACUUUCCCUGAGCACACCAUUUCAUCUCCACCCAUUUGAUAUCGAUUUCGAAAAGCUCAUCAGUGCUGGCAUUCCCCCAAGAUAUCCUCUCUCCCCUUCGAAUGAAAUUCCCCCCCCCCC